GUCAAACCACUACACAGCGAGCGCGAACUCUGCAGCAUUUUGGUUGCAAUUUUAUUUGUUUUGUUUACUGAAUAAAAAUAUACUCAAACAACAAUAAUAAUCAAGCCAUGAAAUAUGAGUUCACAAGCAGUGAAAUGCCAUAAAUGCCGAAACGUAUUGUUUAAUGAUAUAUGCAUACUGGACAGUGCUGAUUAUUGUGAUGCAAAGACAUGUGCAAGUUAUGAUAUCAGAAGGUUUAUUUACAUCAGUGAAGAUAAAGUGCCCGAUUGGAUCAAAGACAAAAUAGAAAGUGAAGACUGGACUAAAGGAAAGCUAAACUGUCAAAAGUGCAAUAAUAGAAUCGGCGGAUUCGACUACAUAUCUGGAAGAAAGUGCGAUUGUGGAACGUCAGUCUUACCACCCAUACAUUUAGUUACUAGUCAAGUCGAUAGGCCUAUAAAAUUGCUAUUGUAAAUUGAUUUCCUAAACAAAUGUUUGUAAGAUUAACAUGGUAAGUGGAUCAAUGUUACCAUGUGUUUUUUCAGUUCAGAUAUUGCAACUUUGUCCACCAUUAACUUAAAAAUAUAUUGUCUCGCUAAAUCUGCGUUCCAGCACCUCACAGGGUAAAUGAA